AUGAAGUUUGAAGACUUCAAGACAUGUUCUCAAUCUGGAUUCUGUAGACGAAACCGAGCCUAUGCAGAUGAGGCUACUUUAGAAACAUCCCCUUAUACCUUAAUCAAAGAUUCCGUUAAAUUAUUAAACAAUAAAAUCUCUGCAGAUAUCAAAAAUACAGAAACAGAUAUUAUUCUGACUUUAGAUUUGACUGUCCUUCAAGAUAAUACAGCACGCGUUCGUAUCAAUGAAAAACUACCCAUUAAACCUCGUUAUGAUGAACAUGCUCUCUAUACACUUGUAAAGGAGCCUCAAGCUGGAAAGGUGAUGCUAUUUGAUAAGGCUGAUGAUGGUGUUGUAUCAAUUCAAAUGGAUGCAACACGUAAAAUUAUUAUCUUUCCUCACCCUGUUCGUAUUCAAUUCCUUGUAAACGACGAGCCUGUCAUUACUUUUAACGACCGUGGUUUCUUUAAUUUCGAGCAUUUGCGUACAAAAGAGUCCUAUAAGCCAAAGAUGAUUGAAAAGAAGAACGAUGAUGGUACUGUAGAAAUGGUGGAGGCUGAAACAGAAAAGGAUUUAUGGGAAGAGACAUUUAAGACUUGGACAGAUCCUAAACCUAAUGGUCCUGAAUCAAUUGGUUUAGAUAUCACUUUUCACAAUUUUCCUCAUGUUUAUGGUAUUCCUGAACAUGCUACAAGUCUUUCUUUGAAGGAAACUCGUGGUAAUCAUGAUGGUGCUUACACAGAUCCUUAUCGACUUUAUAAUACAGAUGUUUUUGAGUACGCUUUAGAUAGUCCUACUUCACUUUACGGAGCUGUGCCUCUUAUGGUUGCUCAUCGUAAAGGUUUAUCAACUGGUAUUUUUUGGAUGAACCCCUCUGAGACAUGGAUUGACAUUGUAAAAACUAAUACUGAAGGUUUAAAGGGCGCUGUUCAAAAGGUAUUUAGUUCAAACAAAAACCAAGCAACUUCAACUCAGACUCAUUGGAUCUCAGAAGCUGGUGUACUUGAUGUCUUUGUCUUCUUCGGUCCCUCUACUAAAGAUGUACUUCACCAAUACAGCACAUUAACAGGUAAACCAGCUAUGCCUCAAAUGUUUGCCGUUGGUUAUCAUCAAUGCCGUUGGAAUUACAUCAAUCAAAGAGAUGUUUUAGAGGUUGAUAGACAAUUUGAUGAGAAUGACAUGCCUUAUGAUGUGAUUUGGCUCGAUAUUGAAUAUACUGAUGAUAAAAAAUAUUUUACUUGGGACUUGCCUAAAUUUCCCAACUCAAUUGAAAUGGAAGAAGUCCUUGAUAACAAGGGCCGUAAGUUGGUAACCAUUAUUGAUCCUCACAUCAAACGAGCUCCCAACUAUUAUGUUUGUGACGAAGCUAAAGACAAGGGCUUAUUUGUUAAAAGACCUGAUGGAUCUGAUUAUGAAGCCUGGUGUUGGCCAGGACAAUCGUCAUGGGUUGAUUUUGUUCACAAAGAAUCUUACGACUGGUGGAAAAAGCAAUUUCGCUUUGAUAAAUUUAAAGGAACUCGUGGUAACGUUCAUAUUUGGAACGAUAUGAACGAACCUUCUGUUUUCAAUGGACCUGAGAUCACUAUACAAAAAGAAAUGAUUCAUGAUGGUCGCUGGGAAAAUCGUGUCCUUCAUAAUUUGUAUGCCUUUUUAUCUCAUUCUGCUACUGCUGAUGGUGUACGUGAGCGUAUUACUGAUACUGAAUCGCAAAAGCGUCCAUUUGUUUUAUCACGCGGUUUUUAUGCUGGUGUUCAACGUGUGGGUCCUAUCUGGACAGGUGAUAAUAUAGCUAACUGGGAGUCUCUUCGCUAUACAAACCCUAUGAUUUUAGGUAAUAGUAUGGGUGGUGUUCCCUUUACAGGUGCAGAUGUUCCUGGUUUCUUCAAUAACCCUACACCUGAACUUUUGACACGUUGGUAUCAAGCAGGUGCUUAUCAACCUUUCUUCCGUGGUCAUGCUCAUAUUGAUACUAAACGACGUGAACCUUAUUUGUCAGCUGAGCCAUACAAAUCCAUCACACGCGAUGCUCUCCGUGAACGUUAUGCACUCUUAUCCUACUGGUAUACCCUAUUUUAUGACGCCUACAAAAAUAGUACACCUAUGAUGCGUCCCAUGUUUAUGGAAUUCCCUGAUGAUGAAACUGUAUUUGAUAUGGAUGACCAAUUUAUGGUAGGUGAAUCCAUUCUUGUUAAGCCGGUAACUACUGAAGGUACUGACAAGGUUGAGAUUUAUUUCCCUGGAAAUGAACCCUGGUAUAAUACCAAGACCUUCAUCACAGUUGCUGCUACUAAUGGAUGGCAGACUGUAGAUGCGCCUUUGGACACCAUUCCUGCUUAUUACCAAGGCGGUCACAUCAUACCUCGUCGUGAACGUAUUCGUCGCAGUUCUCCAGCUAUGCGUUUAGAUCCCUUUACCUUAAUUGUAGCUAAGAGCCAAAAAGGGGAUGCAGUGGGUACACUCUAUAUGGAUGAUGAAGAGACUUAUGCUUUUGAAAAGGGAGCUUAUACGCAUACUCAAUUUGUAUUUGAUGGUCAAACAUUACAAUGUAGUAGUUUACAUGAGGAUCCUACCUCUUCUAAAGCGAAAGAAUUUGCUCAGUCAAUUAGUAAAGUACGUGUUGAGCGUAUUCGUAUCUUGGGACAAAAGCAAAAGCCUUCAAGUAUCACAAUCAAGAAUUCACAUGGUACUACUCCAGGUGAAUUUGAAUAUGAUGAAGAAAACAAGGUUGUUGUCAUUAAGGAUCCUAAGGUAUCUGUUACUCAAUGUGACUGGUCUAUUAUUAUCAACUAA